AUGGAUGUGCGGCUGCAGCUUGGACCCCUGCUGGUGGACAGGGAGCCACGCAGUCCCAUACUCAUCUAUCUUCAGCAGAAAGGAGACUCAGUCCGCUGGGGGGGUGGGGGGGUUCCUGGGGGUGCACGUGUUCUGCUCUUUCUAAUGGACUGCCCUACACCACCACUACGACUGCCCCAGACACUGCUCCUCCGCACUAUCAGCUCUAUCAUAUCGCCGUACCAGUGUGGACAUUGCUCUCAGUCGUUCUCGCAGCCGUCUGAGCUGAGGAACCACGUGGUGACGCACUCCAGCGACCGGCCUUUUAAAUGUGGAUACUGCGGAAGAGCCUUCGCCGGUGCCACCACGCUCAACAACCACAUCCGCACGCACACCGGAGAGAAGCCCUUCAAGUAA